UGUAAACAUCCAUAACCCAAAGCGGGUGGGUGCGCCCGACCACAUUCGUGAUACAAUCUGGCGCAGCGUUCCGGCGACCCCACGUCGUCCCAACAUUCUCAAGCGGAGCAUCUAGCACUCGCGCCUUUUGGAAUAUCCCGAAAGCCUAGAUCCACGGCGAACCCAACACAGAAGCAGUGGACGGGCGUCCCUAUCAUCUACUGCCACUCAGGUCCUGCGCAAACCGAUCAUCGGUCGAGAGACCCAUCCCAGAUAUCCUGGUCGGUAUUGGUGCACCUGUCUGAGACACGGCGGUGAAGAAAAAACAACAAACACACUGUCUACAAUAUGUCGGCUUUCUUGACGACAGUGAACCAGCGCACGAGGAACCAGUUCCGACCACGCACAACAGGCAAGGGAGGUGCUACGAGCUACCAACUGCGCCAGUAUGCCGAGGCAACUCUGGGUGGGGGCAGCUUGAGGAAGGUCGUGAAGCUGCCUGAGGGCGAGGACGAGAACGAGUGGCUGGCUGUCAACAUGGUGGACUUCUACAACCAGAUAAACCUACUAUACGGCGCCAUCACCGAGUUCUGCUCCCCACAAUCGUGCCCGGAGAUGAAGGCAACGGACGAAUUCGAGUACCUAUGGCAGGACAACGAAAACUUCAAGAGGCCAACUAAGAUGGCGGCGCCGGCUUACAUCGAGCAGCUGAUGGCUUGGGUGCAAGGCAACAUCGACAACGAGGCUGUCCUGCCCAGCCGCAUCGGCGUGCCGUUCCCCAAGUCGUUUCCGGCCCUCGUGCGACAGAUUUUCAAGCGCAUGUACCGUGUUUAUGCCCAUAUCUACUGCCAUCACUACCCGGUGAUCCGUGAGCUCGGCUUGGAGCCGCACCUCAACACCAGCUUCAAGCAGUACGUGCUCUUCAUUGAUGAGCACAACCUCGCAAGCGGCAAAGAUUUCUGGGGCCCGCUGGGUGAUCUCGUGGAGAGCAUGUUGCGGAGUGAUUAGAACCAAAUCACGUGUGCAGACUCCUCACCUUCAGCUUUUUGUUGGCACCAUCUCUCGUCCGGGUGUCUUUUUUUCUCAGGUUAUUGUUUAGUUUUAGUUUUUCACAGUCCUUCUGUCAUACCAACUGUCGUUUGAUUCAGUCUGUUUCUUUUUCUUCUGAGAUUUUCUAGUUUUCCUGUACCAAAGGCGUUCGGAAGAAGGAAUGGCUCGCAGAUAUACCUCGGUCGCGCCGGGGUGUACACACGGUCUGGCGCAUAUAUUGGCCUGGGCAGUAAUAAAAUGCAUACCACAGAUACCGAUCGCUCUGGUCGCCACUUCCCAUAAUCUUAAACUUACCUUGUGGAAUCAAGA